GAGGUACCCACGCGCAAAAGCUCCGCCCCUCCCUCCGUCCAGUCCUGCUGCUCCCCACGUCCUCUAGGGUUUCGGCUUCCUCGCCAACAAUGGCGGCGGCGGGGGCGACCACCUCCAGGCGCGGCCCCGGCGGCGGCGGGGGCGCCAUGGACGACGAGAACCUCACCUUCGAGACCUCGGCGGGGGUCGAGGUGGUCACCAGCUUCGACGCCAUGGGGAUCCGCGACGACCUCCUCCGCGGCAUCUACGGCUACGGCUUCGACAAGCCCUCCGCCAUCCAGCAGCGCGCCGUGCUCCCCAUCAUCACCGGACGCGACGUCAUCGCCCAGGCGCAGUCCGGCACGGGGAAGACAUCCAUGAUCUCCCUCUCCGUCUGCCAGAUCGUCGACACCUCUGUCCACGAGGUGCAGGCAUUGAUACUGUCGCCCACUAGGGAGCUUGCCACACAAACAGAGAAAGUGAUGCAAGCUGUUGGUAACUACAUGAGUGUGAAUGUGCAUGCUUGUGUUGGUGGCAAAAGUAUCGGUGAGGAUAUUAGGAAGCUCGAGUCUGGAGUGCAAGUUGUGUCAGGAACACCGGGCAGAGUUUGUGAUAUGAUCAAGAGGAGGACCUUGCGCACAAGAGCCAUCAAGCUCCUAGUUCUGGAUGAAGCCGAUGAGAUGUUGAGUAGAGGUUUUAAGGAUCAGAUAUAUGAUGUCUACAGAUAUCUCCCCCCAGAACUUCAGGUUGUUUUGAUUUCUGCAACUCUGCCCCAUGACAUCUUAGAGAUAACUAGCAAGUUCAUGACUGAUCCAGUCAGGAUCCUUGUAAAGCGUGAUGAGUUGACCUUAGAGGGUAUCAAACAAUUCUUUGUUGCUGUUGAGAAAGAGGAAUGGAAGUUUGAUACAUUGUGUGAUCUUUAUGAUACGCUGACCAUCACCCAAGCUGUCAUUUUCUGCAAUACUAAGAGAAAGGUGGAUUGGCUUACAGAAAGAAUGCGCACCAACAACUUCACUGUAUCAGCUAUGCAUGGUGACAUGCCUCAAAAGGAAAGAGAUGCCAUUAUGAAUGAGUUCAGGGGUGGUUCAACCCGUGUUCUAAUCACAACAGAUGUCUGGGCUCGAGGGCUGGAUGUUCAGCAGGUCUCUCUUGUCAUUAAUUAUGAUCUCCCGAAUAAUCGUGAGCUCUACAUCCAUCGUAUCGGUCGAUCUGGACGUUUUGGGCGCAAGGGUGUGGCGAUCAAUUUCGUGCGCAAGGACGACAUCCGUAUACUGAGGGACAUUGAGCAGUACUACAGCACACAGAUUGAUGAGAUGCCGAUGAAUGUCGCCGAUCUUAUCUGAGCAAAGGUGGCGUGCGAACUACUGGAAGCUUUCUGCGUCUUUGUUUGGUUUGGGUUGAAAAAAAAUGUUUGGCCGUGGCUGUAUUUGCUCUGUAACCUAAGAAGCGGUUUGUCCGGUUGACAUGAAUGAAGUGUAUAUAUUUUCAAGAGUGGACCGGCUCGUGUAACACUCGAUCAUUGCCUUUUCUGCUUUGGACAUGACACCCUGUUAAAUUUAUUAGAAUUUUGGAUCACUCUUAUCUGUA